AUUUGUUCUUAUCUCUCCCUGUAUAUCCCGGUAUAUAACAUCAAGCAAAUGCUUUCACCUUCAGUUACUCAUUCAGAUCAAAGAUGUCAGUAAGCUUAGAAACAAAGAGCCAAUUUGGAUAUUCUUUCGGUUGCGGUGUUCCGCAAGGAAUUGCUUCGAGUCCCAAGGAGACCUUUAUGUUUGGCAAUCCUAAACCUGCGGGUGGGGAUUUCUAUCAACUCAUUGGUAAACAGUCUCAACAAACUAGCUUUGGAGGUGCUCCUGCUACUGCACCGAAUACUUAUACUCCGGUAAGACCCAGAAAGCAGAAAACUAACUUUAGAUUCACUCUAGAUGAAACCUCUGGUAAGCUCACCCAAAGACAAAGAGAAUUCUAUGAAGAAAAUGGAUUCCUUGUAAUUCCAAACCUUAUCCCUGAUGAAUUGAUUGAUGAAUGCCGGAAACGGUUUCUCGAUCUUGUAAACAAGAAGGCAGAGGCCGGAAGUAUUUUAUUGAUGAAAGACCUGUCUCUCAAGGACAAGAAAGGGUUGCCCAAUGAAAGAAUUUACAACAAAAUUCAAGAUUAUGUGUGGGACGAAGUUCUCUCCAAGUAUGUUUGUCUACCGGAGUUACUUGACUAUGUACAGUGUUUUACCGGUAGUGAUAUUCGUGCAGUACACUCUAUGUUGAUCAACAAACCUCCAGAUGUUGGAACUAAGACCUCUAGGCACCCACUUCAUCAGGACUUGCAUUACUUCCCAUUCCGUCCUGCUGAUCGUAUAGUAGCUGCUUGGACCGCAAUGGAACAUAUUGAUGAUACUAACGGUUGUCUGGUUGUACAGCCUGGGACUCAUAAAGGAGGUUUAGAACAACAUGAUUACCCAGACUGGGAGCAGGGGGUUAACAAGAUGUAUCAUGGUAUCCGGGGAGCAGAAAACAAUCCUAGAGUUCAUCUGCACAUGGAGAAGGGAGAUACGGUGUUCUUUCAUCCCUUGAUCAUCCACGGAUCAGGGACCAACACUUCAAAUAAUUUCAGGAAAGCAAUCAGCUGUCAUUACUCCACCAGCAAUAUAGAAUAUAUUGAUGUGAAAGGAACAAGCCAGGAGAAUAUUGCACAAGAGGUUGAAGAAAUUGCAGCCCGGAAAGGAGUUGUCAUGGAUUUUGUUGAUCUUUGGGAGUUCAGAUCUAGAGACGUCAGAGGAAGUAAGGCUGAAGCUCAUCUCUAGAAGAAUAAUCUAAAGUCAAAAAUUUUGAAUGCAAUGGCACUCAUCCACAACUGUAGAGCUCGAUAUCCUCUCUGGUAACUUUUCGAUAUCCCUGCAUCAGGGUACAAUCACCACGGGAUAACACAGAGGAAUAAGAUUAAUCUGUAUAUUUGCAUCAAUUGAAGAUGUAUUGCUCGAUCCCCAGGUUUCCAUCACAAAGGUUUUGACCUUUGAUCAAAACUCUUCAAAUAAACAUUGAAUCUCUUACUAAAUGUUUUUCAUAUAUACGUAUUUAUUUAUCUAUUUAAUAUUCCAUCAUUAUAUGAUAUAGCAAUUUAAUGAAAUAUUUCUUAUAAAAACCAUAAAAAUAAACGUUUAAAUAUA